GAAAGACCAACUUGUGCUCUUCAUAUGCCAGAAAAAUUCCUCACCAGAAAAAGAGGAGAAUUCUCUGGUUUUUGUCUUCCUCUACUGAGAUCAGAUUCCUGGUUUUGUGUUCACCAAAAAACGAGCUAUUAAUAUAGCUACCCCUUUAUAUAAACAAAGAAACAACAAAGUUUUGCUAAAAACUCUUUCUAAUGUCAAAUAUCACAGGUGAUGAUGGGAGUUUCUCUUCAGGGGAAGAAGAAGUCCACCAGCUUCAAGAAAAGCAGCUUCAAAGUCACUUCCAUGGCUCAGGUUCGGGACCUUCCCCUACUGCAACUGCUAGCAAUGGAUCAACCUCUAAACCAUCACUUCUUAAGAAGAAAAGAAAUCUACCGGGAACUCCAGAUCCAACUGCUGAAGUUGUUGCUCUAUCACCAACAACACUAAUGGCGACAAACCGAUUUGUGUGUGAGAUUUGCAACAAAGGGUUCCAAAGGGACCAAAACCUCCAACUACACAGAAGAGGUCACAACCUUCCAUGGAAGCUCAAGCAAAGAACAAGCACUGAGGUGAGAAAACGAGUAUACAUAUGCCCCGAGACAACAUGUGUCCACCACAACCCAGCUCGAGCAUUGGGAGAUCUUACCGGUAUCAAGAAGCAUUUUAGCCGGAAACACGGAGAAAAAAAAUGGAAAUGUGACAAGUGUUCAAAGAAAUAUGCAGUGCAGUCUGACUGGAAAGCUCAUCAGAAAACUUGUGGCACGAGGGAAUACAAAUGUGACUGUGGAACCAUUUUUUCCAGGAGAGACAGCUUCAUCACCCACAGAGCAUUUUGCGAUGCAUUAGCUGAAGAAAACAACAAAGUAAACCACCAAGGACUCAUCCCCAACAUGCAUGGAUCAAACUUACAAUCCCAAAUCCCUGAGCUCAUGUCCUCAUCCAUGCCCAUCAAUACCCACACCAACUCAUCCAUGGGGUUACCAGAAUUCAAUGGCUAUGAUCACAAAAACCCACUCAAAUCCUUCCCUCAAGAACUUGUUCCAGUGCCAUUCAAGCCCAUGAACAUGCCUACUGGUGGCAUGUUCUCAACUAGCUCAGGUACCUUAUUCGGUGGCCCGAGAAGCGUAUCUUCAUCUCCUUCAACUCUUCAGCUCAGUUCGAAUAGCUCAUCAGGAUUCAACUAUCUUCAAGAUAACAAAAAUGUCAACCAAUUAUCUGGAUCGGCUCACAUGUCCGCGACAGCGCUGUUGCAGAAAGCAGCCCAAAUGGGUGCAACUGCAAGUAAUAGCAUCAACUCACCAAUGAUGCAGAAGAGCUUUGUUAGCAGCAUGGCAGGUCCUGAUCAACAUGGCAUGAGACCUUCAUCAUCAUAUGGUGCAAUUCAGCAACAUAACAACUCAUAUGAACAUUUUCAAACACAAAAUGAGCAGUCAAAUCUAGUAGGGAUCAAUGAUGGAGGAGGAGGAGAAGGAGGAUUCAACAACCCAAUGUUGCAAAAAAGCCCACAAGAAAUCUCCCAGUUGUUUGACUCUGGAACCGGUGGCGGCGGGGCUAUGAAUGAGAUGGGAAUGUUUGGAGGAAUGUUCAUGAACAACACAGAGCAUGAGGAGGAUAGUAAUAGUUCUAGUUUGAUGCAGGGAAGAGCUCCAGCGGGUCGAAAUCUGACAGGACUGUCAAGGUUAGGAGGGAAUGAUAGUGGUACUAAUGAUAUGAUGACAGUUGAUUUCUUGGGAAUUGGAGGAUCAAAGCCUCCAAAUUUGCAUGAACAUGUACAACAACAACAGCAACAACAGAGAUUGGUGUUGGAAGCAAUGAGUCAACAGAGAAUGCAAGUGAUGAAUCCUUUCCAGGAACAACUCCCACAAGAGGAACCAUCCAUGGAAAAGCCCAUAUGGGAUGUUUGAGAGUAUGGAAGUGUUUGAUGUUUUUAUUUUUAUUUUUUUUUGUGAAAAUUUAGUUGCCUAGAAUUAAAUUACAGAACACAUCAUAGAAUAGAGAUAAAAGUUGAUGUACACAUGUGAAACUAUCUCUUGUUUUUAAUUAUGAUUCAUUUUGUGUUUUAA